UGGGAAUCCGUUGUUGGUGGACGUUUUUUCAUUCCUUCUGCAAUCUGCAAAAUUUGCAGUGCAAAUGCCUCCUGUCUGUGUCUUAUCUUAAAUAUCUAUUGUCCUUCCUUGUUCUUAUUUUCCAACUUGAAAUUCAAUUAAGGGAGGAGUUGUCACUUAAGUGGAGAUUUGGGUCCAGAACCAUAUGUGCCUGCCACUGUCUGAAGGAAAAUGUUGUUUCGACGUGAAUUUUUGAAGUUAUUGAUUUGUUGCGUCUUCUUGACCAAGCCACACUUUUCCGUGGCUGGAAAUGUGCCUUCUCUGGAAUUGGGGGAGUUGACAGCAAGGGUGGAUAAGGGUCGUGAUGAAAUUUCCAAGUUACAACAGCGCGCAAUGUUACCAAGAGGAACAUGUUGGAAGUCAGCCCUUGAAGAUUUGUCAGUCUCUUGUAAAGGAAUGAUUCCCGAACACCAGUCUCGUCUCGCCUUCAAGUUUACUACCUGUUACAACGAAAUGGUCGGCUUUCCUUCCGUUAUCUGCGAGAGGAACAUGGCCAUCCCUGACUGCAUGAAGAGUCUGGAUGUCAGCAGUCAAGGAACCUUUCGAGAGUUUUUUCUCCACACGCAGGAUAUGUGCUACUUUUUGGAACAUCAACUCUGGCAGGAGAAAACGAGCAAUGCGGUUAACGAGGUCACCAAUGCUGUAACGGACGUCACCAAGAAUUUGGAAGAGGCGAAGGAGACUCAAGAAAAAGUCCUACUUUCUCAACAGGAAUCGCUUAAAGUUCAGUCCAAUAUCAUCAAGGAUAAUAGUGAGAUUUACAGCAUGGUUUUGAAUGUGAAGGAUGUUUUCGAAGAUGUGCAAGCAUCUGCAGUAGAACAGCGCCAAGUCGUGGUUGAAGUUUUUGAUAAAUUGACCCGGAUGCAGAAACUGGUAUCUUGGAUUCAAGGAGAAAUGUCAUUAUUGGACAUGAUGGGGUUUUAUUUUGCGUGUGUUUUAUUCGGAUUUUUUGGGACAAGCUCGAGACGUACACAAAGUGCCCGAUUUUGGAUUGUACUCUUGUGUAUUGUGGUCCUUGGAUUGGAAAGAUGUCUUUUUAAUCAUUUGAAUUCUUUGGAUAGUUACUCACCCGAAAUGAUCCAAGAAAGCAUCUGGAUUUUGAGACGUUCAGCCGCUGUUUUUGGUGUCAUUAUCCUCGUCUGUGCCGCUGCCUUCUAUCGCGAUCCUCAAAUGGUCCAGCAGAAUAUGCUGACCAUGGUCAACAAAAGGCUGGACAGACUGACCACCCAAAUGGACGACAUGCAAGGGUUUAUGAAAAACAAUAGUAUCAUGUCCCUUGAAGGAGGUGGAGGUCUGCCAACUAAUGAGGAGGAAGUAUUAGACGACUCUGACUCGGAUACGUAUUCAAACUAUUCCGGUGAUUCUGACAUGUCGAACUUUGAUCAGCCCGAGGCUAUGCAUUGGUCACAGUCCCUUGCUACACUUGAGGAAGGAGAAUCCGAAAGUGAUUCAAAUGAUGAGAAUAGAAUUCCUGAGACGGAUGCGAGAACUACCAACAAUUUAUUUGCAGCGAUCAAGAACCGAUUUAGUAGCAACACUAAUCGGGAAACGUCCUUGGAUAGAUCAAUUACCAACGAAUCCAAACACAGCUACAAUCUACGAACCCGGGUUUCUUCUGGUCCCUCGUCACCCAACAUCAUCCAUGAAAGUGCGACAGAAUUCGCACAAAUAAUGAAGCACCCGAAUCGUUACAUGAGACGGUCUUCUGCCGCUAACUACUACUCCUCGGAUGAAGAUGUAUAAUUACAGAUUGGAAUAAUUUAAUUUAAGUGUUUGCAAUUACCAAAUGAUGAAUUUUACACACCGAAUAUUUGUGAUUAUUUUCUGAUCUAACAUUUCAGAACAUUGUGAAUUUUUACCUGAUUUUUUGUACUUACAUUUUAUUUAUUUUGAGCUACCAUACCAUUUCAUUCACACAUUCCCCAGUUUACAAUUAGAAAGAAAUUGUGUCCAUAAUAUAUGCAUUUAACAGCAAAUUAACACGUGCCAAAGUAUAAAACGAUUCUAAUUUGCCGGGUUAAAGUAAAAUGUCAAAUAUAAUGACUGUCUUUUAUUAAUAAAUGAUAAAUAUUACGUACUUAACC